CACUGGUGCUGGGAGCGCCUGCCUUCUCUUGCCUUGAAAGCCUCCUCUUUGGACCUAGUCACCGCUGUCCUCAAGGUGAUGUUGGACUCGGUGACACACAGCAGCUUCCUGCCCAGUGCAUCCUUCUGCGACCCGCUGAUGUCGUGGACUGAUCUGUUCAGCAAUGAAGAAUACUAUCCUGCCUUCGAGCAUCAGACAGCUUGCGACUCCUACUGGACAUCUGUCCACCCUGAGUACUGGACUAAGCGCCAUGUCUGGGAAUGGCUCCAGUUCUGCUGUGACCAGUACAAGCUGGACGCCAACUGCAUCUCCUUCUGUCACUUCAACAUCAGCGGCCUGCAGCUGUGCAGCAUGACGCAGGAGGAGUUCGUGGAGGCAGCUGGCAUCUGCGGGGAGUAUUUGUACUUCAUCCUCCAGAACAUCCGCUCUCAAGGUUAUUCCUUUUUUAAUGAUGCCGAAGAGACCAAGGCUGCCAUCAAAGAUUAUGCUGAUUCCAGUUGUUUGAAAACAAGUGGUAUCAAAGGUCAAGACUGUCACAGUCACAGUCGAACAAGCCUCCAAAGUUCACAUCUAUGGGAAUUUGUGCGAGACCUGCUCCUAUCUCCCGAAGAAAACUGUGGCAUUCUGGAGUGGGAAGAUAGGGAACAAGGUAUUUUUCGAGUGGUUAAAUCAGAAGCACUGGCAAAGAUGUGGGGACAGAGGAAGAAAAAUGACAGAAUGACGUACGAGAAGUUGAGCAGAGCCCUGAGAUACUACUAUAAAACGGGGAUUUUGGAACGAGUCGACCGAAGGUUAGUGUAUAAAUUCGGAAAAAAUGCACACGGGUGGCAGGAGGAGCAGCUAUGAUCCGCUCCAUCGUCAAGCUCACUUUAUGGAUGUCUGUCUUUGAAAACAAUCAGAUUUGCAAUAGACAUUUGAAAGUCUGUGUUUUUUGUUUUGUUUUUUUUUUUUGAAACCUGCAAAUGUGCUGAUAAAAUUUCUCCACAUCCCAGCUUACGUGUGGAUUCCGAGUCAUUGUCCUCCACUUGGGGGUGAUGGCAG